CAAAAAAGCAAAACAAAACAAAAAAGCCUAAUCCACCCUUGCCCCUCACGUGGCUCUGCGUGCAGUAAGUAGCCCGGAGCCUCAGGUGCUGCAGAGACACCCUCGCCUUCCGGAAGGAACAAGGAGAGGCCCUCGAGGUUCCCGCCCUGACGCAGCUCACAGCUUCUGCAAAGCCCCUUCCGCACCCGUGACUCAGUUUCUCCAUUCGCUCAGGGAGGAAAACAGCAUGAGGCACCUGCGCGGAACGCGGAGGGACACCCCCAAGUCCGCGGAGGGACACCCCGAACUCCGCGGAGGGACACCCCAAGUCCGCGGAGGGACACCCCAAGUCCGCGGAGGGACACCCCAAGUCCCCGCGGUGCCAGAGCGGGACCAAAAAAGAUGCAAGAACCCGAGCCCCUCCCCGGCAUAGCGCCGGCCGCGCCACGUCGGGACGGGGGCAGUAAGAAAGGGGGAAAUCGGCGGGUGGGGGACGCUGCCGCGCCCGGGGGCCCUCCGGCCCCAGCUGCCCUUUGGCCGGCCCCAGCAGCGAGGGAGCCCAAGUGCAGCUGCCCGGCCACUACCCGCCCCGCGCCGCCGAGGGACCCCCGGCGCCCGGAGGGCCUCGCAGCUGGGCGCCCCUUAGCCGCCGUCUGAAGGAGGCUCGCCGCCUGGUACCGUUCGCCCGCACCGGGCACCCGCUGCCUGAUGCAAUCCUCCCGGCCCUUUGCUGCAUGCCCGGGUUCGGGGAAACCUCCCCCGUCGUUGCAUCAUCUCUGCCAAGUUCUGAUGGAUGACGAGUCCGGCCAAUCAGCGAACAGCCAUAGACCGUGACCGACUGCCAACUUAGCCAAUAAAAAUGCGGCGCGGCAAAGCUGCCCAAGGGCCCCCGACGAUGAUUGGUCGUUGCUGGCUUUUCCCCGGCCCAGAAGGACAGGCCUCCUGGGUUACGUGGGCGGGGCCGGCAGAGCGUAGGGUUUAAAGGGCCGCGGCCGGAGGAGGGACAGCUCAGCUGUAGCAGAUGUCGCCCCGAGUCUCCAUCCCCACCGCGAUCCCGAUCCCGGCCCCGGGUCCCGUCCUGCUCCCUGGUCCGCACUCCUAGGUCCCGGUCCCAGGCGCGGCCCCCCCUCCCCCCCCCAUCGCGUCCCGGGCAUCAUGAAGGAGGAGCCUCCGGCGCAGAGGACCCCGCCCGCCGCGCCCACCCUGUCCUUGUCCCUGCGGCCCCCCGGGGAGGACGGCGGCCCCCCCGCGCUCUGGAUUUUCGGCUACGGCUCCUUGGUAUGGAGACCGGACUUCGAGCACAGCGACAGCCGCGUGGGUUUCGUGCGCGGGUACAGCCGCCGUUUCUGGCAAGGGGACACCUUCCAUCGGGGCAGCGACAAGAUGCCUGGCCGGGUAGUGACCCUUUUGGAGGACCAUGAGGGCUGCACAUGGGGUGUGGCAUAUGAGGUGCGUGGGGAGCAGAUUGGCGAAGCACUGAAGUAUCUGGACGUGCGGGAAGCUGUGUUAGGGGGCUAUGACACCAAGGUGGUGACCUUCUACCCCCAGGACGCCCCAGAGCAGCCCCUACGAGCCCUGGCCUAUGUGGCUACCCCACAGAACCCUGGUUACCUGGGGCCAGCUCCAGAGGAAGAUAUUGCCACUCAGAUCCUGGCCUGUAGUGGCCGUUCUGGCCACAACCUGGAGUACUUGCUCCGUCUGGCAGACUUCAUUCGGCUGUGUGGACCCCAGGCCCAGGAUGAGCACUUGGCAGCUAUUGUGGAUGCUGUGGGUGCCCUCCUGCCCUGCUUCUGCCCUUCUGGCCAGACGCUGGCCAUGGCCUAAGCUUGAGGGACCCAGAGCCCCUCUAACCACCAGGACGGGGUACAGACUGAACCUGACCACGGGGAAUAACUAAUGUUCUUUCUCUCCCUUCACCCUCCCUCUACCGUGUACUGACUUUUGGGGAGGUUGUUACCUGAGGAGGACUUUGAUGUAGGUGCUGUUGGUAGUCUCCCUUUUCAGGUCUCCUUGUACUGAAGGAACUCCUCUUCUUAUCUUCUCUUAAUGCACCUCCUCCUAGACAAUCUCCCCUUUCCCCCCUUAUUCCUCAUCCCAUUCACUGGUACGUGACUUGAAAAUAUAUUUAUUGCACCUUGAUGGUGUGGUGGGUAUGGGCAACAAACUCAUCUAAGAAGCCCUGCUGAGGGCCUCUGGAGCAGAGGGCCUUGGAACUGCUCAGGAGCCCUUUUGGCCAAACCUCUCUCCUCUCCCCCACUCCUUGCUGCUGCUAUCACCAGGUUACCUAGCCUGGGCCCCCUUUUUGGGGGGGAGGAAAAACCAGGGAUUUUGAAGCCCCUUCUCAUGUUGCCUAAUCACCCUUGUCCAAACUGAGCCCGAGACCUUGUCUGCCAUAGUUGGACACUAAAUACAGGUGAGGUGACCCGGAGGUGAGCCAAGGAGAGAGGGGCUCCUGGGUUCACCUGCCUCACUGAGCCUGGGAGCUGUGACUGCCAUACAGGAAGAUAUGCUAUCCAUGUUCUUAGAGCCAAGACUGCUGUGGACCAGCCGCUGGCAUCUGUCUGUCAGCGCGGCCUAUCUCUGUCUGUCUGUACUUGUCCAUCAGGCUCUUUCUUGUAAGGGAGAGGGGCCCUACUUGUCUGUUUGUUGGUGUGUCUAUUUCUGGGAACUUCACUGUUGCUGACUGGUGUCUUUUCUUGUCUGUCCACUACAUAUAAAUUAGCCCGUUAUUCA